UUCACGUGCACGGUGGCAAGUCCCCCAUUUCAGCCAUGAGGGAGCUGGUGAACAAUGCUCAUGGAUUACUCAUCUGGUUUAGUUUGACGGUGCUUUGCCUUUGGCAGAUGGGCUCCAAAGCAGAUGACAGCACAACUGACGCAUUUAAAAACAACAUCACCCUCUUCACGAAAAUCCUCGACAGCCUCCUGGAUGGUUACGAUAAUCGGCUUAGGCCUGGACUGGGAGAUCGUGUGACGGAAGUCAAGACUGACAUUUAUGUUACUAGUUUUGGUCCCGUUUCAGACGCAGAUAUGGAAUACACAAUAGACGUUUUCUUCCGCCAAAGCUGGAAGGAUGAACGGCUGAAGUUUCACGGACCAAUGAAUAUCCUCCGUUUGAACAAUCUCAUGGCCAGCAAGAUCUGGACCCCAGACACGUUUUUCCACAAUGGGAAGAAAUCCGUGGCCCAUAAUAUGACCAUGCCGAACAAACUGCUGCGAAUUAUGGAUAAUGGCACGUUGCUGUACACAAUGAGGCUGACCGUUCAGGCUGAGUGCCCCAUGCACCUAGAGGAUUUCCCCAUGGAUUCUCAUUCCUGCCCCCUGAAGUUCGGCAGCUAUGCUUACACAACAACAGAGGUGACAUACAUCUGGACCCGCAACGCCUCCAAGUCCGUCGAGGUGGCGCCAGACGGUUCCAGACUGAACCAGUAUGACUUGCUGGGGCAGACCGUAGGAAAAGAGACCAUAAAAUCCAGCACGGGAGAAUACACUGUCAUGACAGCUCACUUCCACCUGAAGCGUAAGAUCGGUUACUUCGUGAUCCAGACCUACCUGCCGUGCAUCAUGACUGUGAUCCUGUCCCAGGUCUCCUUCUGGCUCAACAGGGAGUCUGUGCCUGCCAGGACCGUCUUUGGUGUGACCACGGUGCUGACCAUGACCACCCUGAGCAUCAGCGCUCGGAACUCCCUGCCCAAGGUGGCCUACGCCACAGCCAUGGACUGGUUCAUCGCUGUCUGCUAUGCCUUCGUGUUCUCAGCCCUCAUAGAGUUUGCCACUGUCAACUACUUCACCAAGCGGGGCUGGGCUUGGGAUGGAAAGAGCAUCGUGAAUGACAAGAAGAAAGAGAGGGACUCAGUGGUGAAGAAGAACAAUGCCUACGCAGUCGCGGUGGCCAACUACGCCCCUAACUUCUCCAAAGACGUGACCCUGCCCACCAUCUCCAAGGGCAUCCUGGACCCUGGCAAGGUCAGAACAGACAAGCCAGCAGACAACAAAAAGACAUUCAACAGCGUGAGCAAAAUUGACAGGAUGUCCAAAAUAAUGUUCCCUGUUCUGUUUGGAGGCUUCAACCUGGUUUACUGGGCCACCUACCUCAACAGAGAACCUGUGAUAAAGGGGAUGGUCCCCUCAAAAUGAAAUAAAACGUAUCCUGGACAUGCACCAUAGGAGGAGUUUGAUGUUUGCACUUGGGGGGCAAAAAAAAUACAUCUUGCUUACCUCGUGUGUUAACCUGUGUAUCUGAUGCACAAUGUGAACCAAUUUACUUAAUGCAGGAGAAGUUGUCUCUCUUCCUUCCCCCCCCGCCCCAAACUCUGGCAAAAUGCAACCAUCAAACUGUACAUGCUUUGAUGUUUUUACAUAAACAGUGACAUACUC